AUGGCUUCCACCACUGCUCUUCCCGCACAGAGGGCUCCCGUCCAGCGCACUGUCACCGACUACUCGGUCGCCAGUUCGUCUGCUCCCUCGCAGGUCGUCUCUCCUGCCGACUCUCCUCGCAACUCUCCCUCGACCAGCUCCCUGACUUCGCUUGAUUCCGUCGAUGAGCCCCUCAAGAACCAGCGCGGUACCUUGAUCGACACCUACGGCAACGAGUUCAAGAUCCCCGACUACACCAUCAAGCAGAUCCGUGAAGCUAUCCCUGCUCACUGCUUCGAGCGUUCUGCUGCCACUGGCUUCUACUACAUCGCCCGCGACAUUGUCUGCAUCGCUACUACCUUCCUCCUCGCACACAACUUUGUCACUCCCGAGUACAUUCCUUCAACCCCUGUCAGAGCUGGCCUCUGGGCCCUCUACACCGUCCUCCAGGGUUUGUUCGGUACUGGUCUCUGGGUCAUUGCCCACGAGUGUGGUCACCAGGCCUUCUCUCCUUCCAAGACUCUUAACGACACCGUUGGCUGGGUCCUCCACUCUGCUCUUCUCGUCCCUUACUUCUCAUGGAAGAUUUCCCAUGGCAAGCACCACAAGGCCACUGGUAACAUGGAGCGUGACAUGGUCUUCCUUCCCAAGACCCGUGAAGUCUACGCUUCCAGAGUUGGCCACGCUAUCCACGAGCUUUCUGAGCUGAUGGAGGAGACCCCCAUUGCUACCGCUACCCACAUGGUUCUGCAGCAGCUCUUCGGCUGGCCUCUGUAUCUCAUCACCAACGUCACUGGCCACGUCAACCACCACAAGCAGACCGAGGGUAAGGGUGAGGGCAAGCGCAACGGCUGGUUCGGUGGUGUCAACCACUUCAACCCUUCCAGCCCUCUGUACGAGCGCAAGGACGAGAAGCUGAUCCUCCUCUCUGACGUCGGUCUUGCUCUUACCUGCACUGCUCUCUACUUCAUCUACCAGAACUUCGGCUUCCAGAACCUUCUCGUUUGGUACCUCCUUNNCCCUUACCUUUGGGUCAACCACUGGCUCGUUGCCAUCACCUACCUCCAGCACACCGACCCUUCGCUUCCUCACUACGACGCCAACACCUGGACCUUCACUCGCGGAGCUGCUGCCACUAUCGACCGCGAGUUCGGUUUUAUCGGCCGCAAUCUCCUCCACGGUAUCAUUGAGACACACGUCCUCCACCACUACAUCUCGACCAUUCCUUUCUACCACGCUGACGAGGCCACCGAGGCUAUCAAGCCCAUCAUGGGUCAGCACUACCGCGCCGAUGUCAAGGAUGGCCCCGUUGGCUUCCUCAAGGCUAUGUACAACAGCGCCAGAUGGUGCCAGUGGGUCGAGCCUUCCGAGGGUGCUCAGGGUGAGGGCAAGGGUGUUCUCUUCUUCAGAAACCGCAACGGUCUCGGUGUUCCUCCUACCAAGCUGUCUGCUCCUGGCGCCACCAAGUCUGGCAUGACCCUUGGCAGUGACAGCGACAACGAGUAG